UCGGACGUCCUCAUUUUCUGCCUGAACCAGUGCUUUUGUUUUUGUGAAGAACUGAGUCAAGUCUGUCCUGAGCUCACCGCCCACGUUCUUUCUUCAUCCUGAGCAGUUUGGUCACGAUCUCAGCUAACCUUAUGGGCCAUGGACACAAUGUUUCUCUUGUGACUUCGAAAAGCAUCCGACUUAAGUGGAUGAAAGAGGUUCACCUCCAUUUCUGCUCAUCAUGGGAGAGAUCAAAGUCUCUCCGGAUUACAAUUGGUUUAGAAGUACCGUUCCCCUUAAAAAGAUAAUCGUGGACGACGAUGACAGUAAGAUCUGGUCGCUCUAUGACGCCGGCCCCAGAAGCAUCAGGUGCCCGCUCAUCUUCCUCCCUCCCGUCAGCGGGACUGCAGACGUGUUUUUCCAGCAGAUCUUGGCUCUGACUGGAUGGGGUUACCGGGUGAUCGCUUUGCAGUAUCCAGUUUAUUGGGACCAUCUUGAGUUCUGUGAUGGAUUCAGAAAACUUUUAGACCACUUACAGUUGGAUAAAGUCCAUCUGUUUGGGGCAUCUUUGGGAGGUUUUUUGGCACAGAAAUUUGCUGAGUACACUCACAAGUCUCCGAGAGUCCACUCCCUCAUCCUCUGCAAUGCCUUCAGUGACACGUCCAUCUUCAACCAAACGUGGACUGCAAACAGCUUUUGGCUGAUGCCAGCAUUUAUGCUCAAGAAAAUAGUUCUUGGGAACUUUUCCUCUGGCCCAGUGGACCCGAUGAUGGCUGAUGCCAUUGACUUCAUGGUGGACAGGCUGGAGAGUUUGGGUCAAAGUGAACUGGCUUCAAGACUAACUCUCAACUGUCAAAACUCUUAUGUGGAACCUCAUAAAAUUCGGGACAUCCCUGUAACCAUCAUGGAUGUGUUUGACCAGAGUGCACUGUCAACAGAAGCCAAGGAAGAAAUGUACAAACUUUACCCUAAUGCCCGCAGAGCUCACCUUAAGACAGGAGGCAAUUUCCCCUACCUGUGCAGGAGUGCGGAGGUCAAUCUUUAUGUGCAGAUACAUUUGCUGCAGUUCCAGGGAACCAAAUACGCCGCCAUCGACCCGUCAGUGGUCAGUGCGGAGGAGCUAGAGGUGCAGAAAGGCCGCCUCGGCCUCAGCCAGGAGGAGCCGUAGAAGGCGCUCGACAGCCGAGCAGCGCGGUCUUGUACAAUCAGUUCAGGUUCGUCAGGCACACUGGUCCUAACUGUUUCGGAAGUAGGACUGAUGGUCAUCCUCAUGACGUGCAUCAGCUCUUCAAGCCAGUGUGACUGUCCCUCUCCAGGAUUGUUUGGUUUUGGUUUUGGUUUUUUUUAACUUUUGAAUUUGAAGAACUUUUAAAGACUCCCAUUUUAAGAAUUGUUAAAAUUUUGCUACCAAAAGUCUUCUCCACCGUUGUGUGUUCAUUUCAAAGGCUUGGGAUCAUGUGGCAUUUUUCUUUCUCUCUGUCUUCUUCCUGCUCUCUGUGUUCCUCACUGUAAGUGCUGCACCUCCAGACUGGAAGAGGAACACCAUUUAUUUUUAUGCUUUCUUGGGCAUAACCAGGGUGCCAAGGCCAGUAGCCUGCUGGCCACUCCCCCACAAAUCCACUACUUUGGUUUCCAGUUAAGCACACCAUUUUGCGUGUUAGCUGUUGUAUUUCUAGACAUUAUAGUCAUUUGGAAUAAAAAUUGAAUUUCAGUGA